AUGGCUGGCGCGCCGUUUGCGAUCCGCGACUGGGCGGACCCAUCAGCACCAUGCGUAUUCAUGGGCGGGGACGUCACGGCUUGCUGGCGUUGUUCAUCUCAGGGCAACUUGGCGCAGCUGUGGAGCGCCGGGAGUAUCCUGGCCUGUCUUGCCGAGAUGGCGCCCUCGCUCGUGCUGCUGCUGCUGUGCGCGCGCGCCGGCCUGGCGCGGCCCGACCUGCGCGACAACCGCCUGCCCUCCGAGCAGCAGGUGCUGCGGGAGCUGCUGCUGCCGCCCGACCGCGGCCAGCCCGAGCUGGAGGCCUCCCUGGGGCUGCCCAGCGACGAGGACAGCUUCAACGAGCUGCGCGGUCUGCUGGCGCACAGCGGCACGCACCACUUCGUCUCGUCCAGCUUCCCAGAGGUGGACGCGCGCGGCUUCCACGAGUCGGUGUUCGACCGCCUGGGCGACUACCUGCCGGACUGGCGCCGCGGCAAGCGAGACCCGCUGGGCAUCAACUCGCGCGGCUUCCACGACGACGUGUUCACGCACGACUUCGGCAGCUUCCACCCGGUGAAGCGGGCGCGCCGCUCGGCCGCACCCAGGCUUCCAGCGAAAGAACAGCUAGAAUUGGCUCAUGUGAGACGCGAACGCAGAGGGGUCUAUGGGGACCCAGAAAAUCCAAAUGAAGAACGGAAACUUGAAAAAAAUUCCAUGAUGAAAACUUUCCUAGAAGAAGAGAAAGUAUCUGCAGACAAGCGGUGGCCAGAGAUGACAGAAAGUGGUUUCCGUAGUGACACAUCCAGUGGGUUAGGAGAUUCCUGGCCAAUGAAGAGGAUCCGAGGACCUAACAAGAGAAGUGUUGGGAAGGUAAACAAAACUGAAGACAAGCUUUCAAGUGAUAUCAUACGGUACCUAGAAUUAGGAAAGAGGCGAAUGGGCAUGGGCCCAUCUGGGUUUCAUGGUGAUACAUUCACCAGUGGGUUUGGAGAUUUCACUACAAUGAAGAGAAGCUUGGGAGAUUCAUCACAUCCAUCCACACCGAAUGGUAUAAAUGAUGAAAGUGAUAAGCUGACUGAAGAAAAGAGAAAGCCAGACACUGGUUCCAAUGGUUUUCAUGGAGACACAUUCACAGGAGGAUUCGGAGAUUUUUGGACGAUGAAGAAGUCUGACAGAAAUGGACAAGUCAAAGGAUAUGGUCUUUUGGAGCAAAAGCGAAGACCUGAGAUGGACUCUUCUGGAUUUCAUGGAGACACAUUCAACUCUGGCUUUGGAGAUUUUUGGCCUAUGGACAAGAGAAGGCCAGAAAUGGACUCAUCUGGUUUCCAUGGAGACACAUUUAAGAGUGGUUUUGGUGACUUCUGGACGAUGAAGAAACGAAGACCAGAAAUGGAUUCAUCAGGUUUUCAUGGAGAUACAUUCAAGUCAGGCUUUGGAGACUUCUGGACGAUGAAGAAAAGAAGACCUGAAAUGGAUUCAUCUGGAUUCCAUGGAGAUACAUUCAAUGGAGGUUUCGGAGAGUUCUGGCCAGUUAAGAAGCGAAGACCAGAAAUGGAUUCAUCUGGCUUUCAUGGAGAUACCUUCAAAAGUGGCUUUGGAGACUUCUGGAAUAUGAAGAAACGGAGCCCAGAAAUGGAUUCAUCUGGAUUUCAUAGUGAUACUUUCAAGAGUGGGUAUGGAGAUAUCGGGCCAAUGAAACGAUCUAAUGACUCGUUGGCUCAGCAUGAUGUGGAAAGUGUUUUCAGAGUAAUUCACUGAAAUCAUGUGUUAAAAUGAACCCAGAGGUGUCAGCUAAUGUCCAAAUGUAUAUACACCCCAGUAAGUCAUGAGUUAACUGAGAGUAUCAUGUAACAUGAACAGUAUUAUGUGUUGUUUGGUUUCCCAGUCAUAAUAUUAAAAUGUUUCCUAUGAGGCAAGAGCCACAUAU